GUGUUUAGAGUUGCACAAAGUCGAGAGACGCAGAUCAAAAGGGAGUGUUUGUGAAAGGCGUGUUGAUGGACGCCGUCGAAGCUCCCUCUCCUCCUUCUCAGCCCCCAUCCCAUUUCAGUCAACAACGCCAUUUCUAUGUUGCUGUGGACAGGCUUCAGUUCAAAAUGGAGACGUUGGUGGAUUUGUUAGGCGUGGCGGGACGGCGUCCAUGCCUACCGAUGGCCGUGUGCUGUAGUUCCCGCGACGAGCUUGACGCAGUCUGCUCCGCCGUAUCCAACCUCCCCUAUAUUUCUUUGGCCCCUCUGUACAGUGACCUUGCUGAAGCAGAACGUGCUCUAGUUCUGGAAAAAUUUCGGAAAGCCACAAUGAACUGGAUCAAGAACAUCAGUGUUCAACCAGGAGAUGACAGUGAAAUUGGAAAAGAAGAACAAAAGUCUCUUAUGAUAGUUGUGACUGACGUUUGCCUCCCACUUCUUGCUUCUGGGGAAUUGCCCAUUUCUGCUCGUGUUUUGAUAAAUUAUGAAUUACCUACGAAGAAGGAAAUAUACAUGAGGCGCACGACAACUUGCUUGGCAGCAGAUGGGAUUGUAAUCAAUAUGGUGGUUGGGGGUGAAGUGGUGACUCUCAAAAGCAUAGAAGAAAGCAGCAAUCUUGUCAUAGCUGAAAUGCCAAUAAGUAUCUCUGAGAUUUUGUGAAGAUGUUUGGUCUUUUGCAAUGCCGGAAACAUGUCCAUGCACUCUUUCUAAUGGCUGAGGCACGUGUAAAUCAUAUUUUCAGUGAGUAGUUGCAACAAUAUAGAUUUUUUACCCUCAAUUGCUCAGCUUAUUAAAAAAUAGACAAAGUUCUUGUACCUUUAAGUAAAUGAUCUGUUUGGUUAGCCAGAAACAUGGAAGCAAGAGAAAUAGCAAUAAUUUGAUCAAGGGACGGGCUCAUCCUAAUUUAUGUGUUA